CAGACUGACUUCACAGACCAGCGCUGCUGGAAUUAACGUGUGAUUCUCGAUAUCCCGGUAUCUCGUGAUUCUGCGCGUGUGCGGCUCACGAGGAGACACUAACGCAACAGUAGCAGCUGUGCCUUUAUUUCUUCUCGAGACACUGGAGAUUGUGUAAUACAGGUGCUCUGAUCUAUAGCAGCACGUUCUGGCAGGACAUGAGUGUUUCGCGCUGCUUCUGUCCUCCUCAAUUUGGGAAAAGAGUCACUGGAGACGCCAGUUUUUACUUUCUAAACAGAUACAGAUGCCGUAUGAUUUAGAGGAGAAAAGCACACGACUUUCCUGUAUGAUGUGCAUCGAUCAGAGACACUGUGUGGUUUUCUCCCGCUCCGUUCUGUCAUGAUGUCGCGGUACCAUCAGCGUUUCGAGCGGGAUUUCCGCAGCGUUUGGGAUCGCAGGGAGCGCUGCAUCUCCAACAGCAGCUGCGUUGGCAAAGUUAAUGGCUGUGUCUCCACCUCUGCCUCCUCCAUCCCUAACAGCGGCAACAACCGCCCCGGCCUCCUGCCCUUGCCCGUCAUCCCCUCGCUGCUGCCCACCCCAGUCAACGGAGCAUCCAGCACGGCCAAUAGCGAACUGACCUGCAAGCGAUUAGCCUCCACCUGCACCACCUCUGUGACUAAGGUCUCUGGGCACCCAGCGGUGGAAUCGCAGACUCAGGGCCAGGUCCUGGCUAAUAGCAUCCGCUGGGGGCAAACACCCAUUAACCAGUCCACGCCCUGGGACACAGAUGAGCCGCCCGCAAAACAGAUGAGGGAGAAAGAUAUCGCAGCUCCUCUAUGGCUUCCUCAAGUCGCUGCUGCCGUCAGCCAGGCUGGACUCUUGGCACACACAUAUGCUCUGCCGCAGGCGCCAGCUUACAGUCAGGUCACGGCUGUCCAAGCACCCAUCGUCGGUGUGACCCCGGUGCUCCAAACCCCCCAUCCACAAUUACCCACACACUACCAACUCCCACAGCAUCCUUCACAGCCAAUGACUAACAUGGUCCUCAAUGUCCAGAGCCAAUCCCUCGCCAUCGGCGGCCUGCCUCCAAUGCCCAGCGUCUGCCAGGUCGCCCAUCCCGUCCACACGGUGGUGGGCAAUGGCCACUUGACGCAUCCCAUGGUGCAAUCCGCCACCAUGAGCUCUUCGGCGCUGCCCAUCAAUGGGCCGAUGACGAACGGCCAGCAGGAAACCGCCAACAACAGCCUGCAGAUGCUGAAAACGGUCGGAUUGGGGAAAUACGAAUUCACAGACCCCUGGCAUCCCAAAGAAAUGUUGAAGGAAUUGAACCAGCAGCGGCGAGAGAAAGAGUUUACAGACCUGAAAAUAAUUGUUGAAGGCAAAGAGUUUGAAGUCCAUCAAAAUGUUCUAGCUUCCUGCAGCUUGUAUUUCAAGGACAUGGUGAAAAGAUUAUCAGGGGAGAACCGAAACGGUGAGAAGAUGCAGCUGACAAUGAGCAACAUCAGUUCAGAUGUUCUGGAGCUUCUCCUGGAGUUCGUUUACACCGGCUCCCUCAUUAUCGACUCGGCCAACGCCAAGACCUUACUGGAGGCGGCCAACAAGUUCCAGUUCAACACUUUCUGCAAAGUCUGUGUCUCCUUCCUCGAGAAACAGCUGACGGCUGCUAACUGUCUGGGAGUGUUGGCCAUGGCCGAGGCGAUGCAGUGCACUGAACUCCACAACAUGGCAAAGGCCUUCGCCCUGCAAAACUUCCCCGACGUGGCCAGUCAGGACGAGAUCCUCAACAUUUCCAAAGACGACCUGGUCAGUUACAUGUCCAAUGACAGCCUGAACACAAAAGCAGAGGAGCUGGUCUAUGAGACGGUCAUUAAAUGGAUUAAAAAGGACCCCAGCAGCCGAGUUCAGCAUGUGUCUGAGCUGUUGGCAGUUGUGCGGCUUCCGUUCAUCCAUCCCAGCUACCUGCUGAAUGUGGUGGACAACGAGGAGUUGAUCAAAUCUUCAGAGGCCUGCAGGGACCUGGUGAAUGAAGCCAAGCGCUACCACAUGCUGCCACACGCCCGCCAAGAGAUGCAGACGCCCAGAACUCGCCCGCGACUGUCUGCCGGUGUCGCUGAGGUGAUCGUGCUGGUGGGGGGGCGGCAGGUCAUCGGUAUGAACCAGCGCUCGCUGACAGCCGUCACUUGCUUCAACCCUCAGAACAACAAGUGGUACCCCCUGGCCAGCCUGCCUUUCUACAACCGCGAGUUCUUCUCCGUCAUAUCGGCUGGGGAUAAUAUCUACCUGUCAGGAGGCAUUGAGUCUGGAGUCACGCUGGCAGACGUGUGGUGCUACAUGUCCCUGCUGGAUAAUUGGAAUCUGGUUUCUCGGAUGACAGUCCACCGCUGCCGGCACAACAGUGUGGUGUACGACGGCAAGCUUUACACCAUCGGAGGACUCGGAGUGGACGGAAACCUGGAUAAUGUAGAAAGGUACGACACCAUCACUAACCAGUGGGAGAUGGUGGCUCCUUUGCCCAAACCUGUCCAUUCUGCAGCGGCGACUGUGUGUGGGGGGAAGAUCUAUGUGUUUGGAGGAGUGAACGAGGCCGGCCGCUCUGCUGGAGUACUUCAGUCAUAUGUGCCUCAAACCAACGCCUGGAGCUUUAUUGAGUCGCCAAUGAUCGAUAACAAAUACGCCCCCGCUGUGACUCUGAAUGGAUAUAUCUUCAUCCUCGGAGGAGCGUAUGCCAGAGCCACCACCAUAUACGACCCUGACAAGGGAAACAUCAAAGCAGGACCCAACAUGAACCACUCCAGACAGUUCUGCAGUGCGGUGGUCCUGGAUGGGAAGAUCUACGUGACCGGUGGCAUCGUGAGCAGCGAGGGUCCUGCGCUGGGAACCAUGGAGGCCUUUGACCCCUGUACAAACACGUGGACGCUGCAGCAGAGCAUGCCCUGCCCGCUCUUCAGACACGGCUGUGUGGUUAUUAAGAAGUACAUUCAGAGCGGCUGACGCUGACACAGACGAACACGACUCCACCGUCUCCUGCACACCGGACACCAACUUUCACAACACGGCCAGGAUUAGCAGUGCUGAGACCGAAGCUGCGCUCACUUUCUGACACCCACUCGGAAUAGAAGCGAAUCUUUUCUGUCGGGCGCAAACAGGCCUUCGUGUAAUAUAGCGCACCUGACAGAGCUGUCCUUAAUGUGUGUGUGUGUGUCGUGGCUCUAGCCUUAAUGCUCUGUGGCCAUUCGGAUUGAACUUUUUUUUACAUAAUUCCUUUUUAUCUUCAUUAACAGAGUUCACUAGGUUUUUCCAUUGCCACCGUUUUAAUGUUUGCAUAACUUUCAUUCCUCUUUCUUUGAGCAAUAAUGUAAAAUCACACUGUCUGGUUUCAGUAAUCCAUGUGAUGGUUCACUCAGUCGUAUCACUAUUUCAUCAUCUCCAUUCUGAAGCACUUUUUAAACAUGUAGAGGAGACAAAGUUGUUGAACAAGAACUAAAACCUCAUGUGACCUCAGUUCGAUCAGUCUCAGCCUCCUUAGUUACUGUUGCUCACUCAGACAAGCACGUCCCUGCAGAUUUCAGUGCAAUUGUUAGUAAAAUGUGCUCAGGAAGUGGUGAAAUGGAUUGGAUGGUAUUCAUAUGUGGGCUUGAAUGAAGCGUGACAUUACAGAGGAUCUUUUAUCUGCCGUUUUGGACCCGAAACUGAUAAAUUACGCAGUAACGUGAUUAAAAAAGGCAGAGACUGUGAACAGAGGCUGCCAAUGCUUCUCGCAGUCACUGAAAAGAGAAAAACAAUCCCAGCUGAUCACAUUAGUGUAAGUGAACAGAGCUAGUUACACUGCAGAAACUAUAUGAUCUGAAUCAAUAUGCACAUAAAACGGCAUGCACUGCAAAAACAAUUCUUAAGUAUUUUUCCUUGUUUUACAGUACAACUAUCUAAACAUUUAAUUCAAAAUUGCCAGCAAAAUGACUCAUGAUGUUAAGUCUUGUUUUCUAAAAAAUAA